UGCUGGAGAAUGACCAAAAACGAUGCACACAAGCUGUCCACCUUCCACCACACAUGUCUACGUAGAAUUAUCAAAAUCUUCUGGCCAGAUACGAUCUCAAACACUAAACUACUUCAAGUCACAAACCAAGAAACUUUUGACAGUAUGAUUACCAAGAGAAGAUGGAAAUGGCUUGGCCACGUUAUGAGAAUGACUUCUGAUAUACCUGCCAAAACAACUCUCAUAUGGACACCAGAGGGAAAGAGAAAAAACAACAUGGAGACGAACGAUGGAAAGUGA